AUGCUGCAGCGCGUGCUCCUCGCCGCCCUCACCCGCUGCGGACGCUGCUCCGAGCAGGGUCUCGAUGGGGUGCAGCGGGUGGUCGGUGGGACUGAGGCGCCUUUGCACUCCUGGCCCUCCCAGAUCUCCCUCCAGCAUUACUCCAGUGGCAGCCGGCAUCACACCUGCGGAGGGUCCCUCAUCCGGGAAAACUGGGUGAUGACGGCAGCCCAUUGCGUGGAUCGUAACUUGAAAUUCUGUGUCGUGGCUGGCGAUCACAACCUCUACGCGAAGGAUGGCAGCGAGCAGAUCUUCAGCGUGCGCAAGAUCAUCAUCCAUCCCUACUGGAACAGCAACAACGUCGCUGGGGGCUACAACAUCGCCCUGAUCCGCCUGUCCAGCUACGCGACCCUGAACGGCUCUGUGCAGCUGGCGGUCCUGCCCCAGGAGGGGUCUGUCCUGCCCAACUACUACCCCUGCUACAUCACGGGCUGGGGUCUCACCCGCACCAACGGGCAGCUCUCCGGCGUCCUGCUGCGGGCGUACCUGCCUGUGGUAGACUACCAGGUCUGCUCCAGCUCCUCCUACUGGGGCUCCACCGUCAAGCCCACCAUGGUCUGCGCCGGCGGUGACGGCAAACGAUCCGGCUGCCAGGGCGAUUCGGGCGGUCCCCUGAACUGUGUGGUGAACGGGCAGUACCAGGUCCACGGCGUCACCAGCUUCGUCUCCAGUCUGGGCUGUAAUGUCGAGCACAAACCCACCGUCUUCACCCGCGCCUCUGCCUACAUCUCCUGGAUGACGAAAGUAAGGCGGCGGCGGGGCUCGCGCGGCCGUGGGCUGAGACCUGGCGCUAUCGUUGCACCGAUGCGCUGGCUCUAUCCCUGCUCAGCUCGACCAUUGCUUUGCUUCUCCUUCCAGGUGAUGGACAAGAACUGAGCGGUGGCAGAAGAGCCCGGUCGCCGGCCCGGGCGAUGGACGUCA